CCGAUGGCGAAAUUAACUAGUUCCAGACUCAACUUCGGCGAAUACGAUAUGGUUCCCAGAUUUUAUAUAAGAUGGAUGCACUCUUGUGGUUUGCAUCUGCCUUCACUGGCGGCAUCCGACUCAGAUACAAAUGUCAGCAUGCAUUUCAAAUGUAUUCAAUUAUCCUGGGCAUUAUCUGUGUUAUUUUUUCUCUUGAUGCUGUUUUUCAUGGAUCAAUACGAUUUCUUCGUCAAAUUCGGGCAGCUCCUCACAGACAUGGAAUAUUUCACUUGUGUCGCGUAUUAUUUUCGUUCACUGAUUAAAGGUCAAGGCCCAUUUACUAUUGCGGCUAUGUUUUUAGUACAGAAAAAAAUAUUUAAGUUUGUAAAAGAUUGUCAGAAAUUUCUGCCUUCAGUUCUCCUCGAACAGGACUGGAAAAUUAUACGCAGAGUAAUUCUUGGAUUAUGUGCUUGCACGAUCACAUCCGUUAUUUUCUGCUUGCUUGGGAUCGUGCUCACAACGCUCGCUCUGCAGGAAUCCGGCUAUUUGAACCAGGAAAAGAACGUACCGUAUUUCUUCGACUUAUGCAAGAUACCGGGAAUUUUGAUUAGCGUGAUCAAUAGUCUUGGUAUUUACUUGGGAACAUCGUGCGAAUAUUUAUCGCUAACGCUUCUCGUCAUCUUGACGUUGCAUUUACUUAUGGCCUUCCGACGUGUUGCUGCUGAUUUGCAUGUAGCACUGCUGAAUCAAGAGGGUGUUCCGGUCGUUCGGCUACACUUUCGUAAAUAUUUGACGCUGGUUAAUCUGGUGGAUCAAUUAGUGAGACUUUUGCGCCGCUACUGCUGAUGAGCUGUAUAAAAAGAUAUGUUCAGUUUUGCCGCUGUCUUUGGAGCAUAUCUGGAGAUGUAUACACCCAGUGUGGAGAUGGCCAGUGAAUACAAUGCCCGUUCUAUGGCAUACAUGCGCGGCAUGGACUAUUUCACUUAUUUCUUCGGUAACAUUGGAUUCGUCAACACGAUUAUCCGCAUCGGCGGAUUCUGCAAAUUACAUAAUGCAGCUCAGUCUUUCCGAAAGCAACUACGGAUGGUCCACCUGACUGAUGCGGAUGAUGCAGUGCUCAGCGAGAGUAAUUUACUGAAGCGAGACACAUCCAAACGAGACGGCGCUGUAACGGUUUACGGUCUAAUGGCACUGUCAACCGACUACGUCAUAGCGUUCUUUGGGCUGGCAAUCACCUACAUCAUUUUUGUCUACCAAGCCAAAGAUUCGAGAAAAACGGUGGAGGAUCUUAAAGCGUUACAGAUGGCGCAUCAUGCUCUAACUCUGCGCAUGCUAAACCAGACCGUUUAAGUUAAUUGCUGUUUUGUAUAAUUAUCAGACAAAUCAGUUUUAUGAAUGUUAUGUAAAUUGUGCGCAAUUUUAUCGAAUACC